AUGUCCCCAGAGUCUACCCCCGUCCCCUCCUCAGAUCACCCACCCCCCUCCAAGGGCAGCAAGGGAGGUCCCAAGGGCAAGAAGGCCGCCCAGGGGGUCGAGGUGCACAAGUUUAAGGUUGGGGAUAUCGUACUUGCCCGUUUGAGGGGGUACCCGCCUUGGCCUGCUAGAAUCGCCAACCCCGAAACUCUGCCCCGCAACGUACUGAAGCAGAGACCAGGCAAAAGCCCCGCCAUCUUCUGCACCCAAUUCUUCCCCGCCGGUGACUUCGCCUGGCUCGCAAGCAAAGAUAUCAAACCCCUCCCCUCCUCCGACAUAACCUCCUUCCUCUCCCAAACCCACCGCAAAUCCGCCGGCGCCCUCCGCGUAGCCUAUUCUACAGCGCAAGAUCCUUCCGAAUGGGAUGAACAGCAAGAUGCCGCGCGCCGCCAGGGGGAGGCGGAGGAGGAGGAAGUCGAUGAGUUGGAAGAUGAAGAGGAGGAGAAGGUGAAGGGGGGAAAGAGGAAGAGGAAGGAGGAGAAGGAGGUUGCGGGUGGGAAGAAGGCGGUGGGGAAGAAGGGGAAGAAGGAGGAGGAGCCGAAGAGCAAGAAGGCGAAGGCGGCGCCGACGAAGGGGAAGGUGGAGCAGAAGGAAGAGGCGGAGAAGAAGAAGAAGGGGGAGGAUCCUGUUAGCUUAAAGGUCAAAGGAUGGAGGCAUUUGUUGCAAAAGGCGUUCUUGGGAGAGAGUAUGCCGAGUGCCGAGUCGAUCCACUCGUUUGAUGAGACGUUCCGGGAGAUUGAAAACUACGAGCAAAUGACAAUCGAGGCCCUUCAGUUCUCCAAGAUCGGCAAAGUCAUGCGCAAGAUGGUAGCUCUAAAAAAUAUUCCCAAGAACGACAAGUACAAAUUCACCGACCGCGCCGGCGCUCUGAUGAACAAAUGGCAGUCAUACAUCGACAUCUCCAACCCCCCCGCUUCUGGUGCUGCUUCCCAGUCGCCGGUAUCUAAGAAGGCUGGGAAGGAGGAUAAGCCUGUUUCGAAGAAGGCUGAGGAGGAGAAGGAGGAGGAUGUGAAUGGGGAGAAGAAGGAAGAGGAGACGAAGGAGUCUACUCCUGCACCUGAGCCGACUUCUGCCUCCGAACCUGCGCCAUCAUCCCCCGCACCCGCACCCGCAGCUCCCUCAACAGAAGACUCCGCCCCCGCUCCCGCCGCCGAGCCCACUUCCGAGCCUGUAGCUGAGGCUGCAGCCGAACCCACCAAGGCCGCCGCCCCCGAGCCCGUAGCCGAGUCUGCUGUGGAGACUACCACCACCACUGAGGAGGACAAGCCUAAUGGGGAGGAUGUGCCCGCUGAGGAGGCUAUGCAGGUGGACGCUUAA